AUGAAAUUAUCCCAAUUAUAUUCAACUUAUUUUAGGGAAAGAGAAUUUUUUGGAUAUAUAGAUAGGAAAUGUCUUUUAAAAUUUCAAAUUAGAUUAUUUUCUCAUAUUCCUGUACCGUAUGUUAUUGAACAAACCGGAAGAUUUCUCAAUACUUUUGACAUUUUUAGCAGAUUAUUGAGAGAAAGGAUAGUAUGUCUUAAUGGAGCAAUACAUGAUGGAGUUUCUGCUGUAAUUGUUGCUCAAUUACUUUUUUUAGAGGCAGAAAAUCCCGAAAAACCUAUUUCUCUUUACAUUAAUUCUUCAGGAGGAAAUGUAACUGCUGGUCUUGCUCUUUAUGAUACUAUGCAAUAUAUUCGAUCACCGGUUUCUACAUUAUGUAUUGGUCAAGCAUCAUCAAUGGCAUCUCUUUUAUUGGCAGGAGGUGCUCCUGGGCAAAGAUAUGCAUUACCUCAUGCAAGUAUUAUGAUUCAUCAACCGAGUGGUGGCGUAUCUGGACAAGCUAGUGAUAUAGCAAUUCAUGCACGUGAAAUUUUGAAAGUCAGAGAACGUUUAAAUCUUAUUUAUCAAAAACAUUUAACAAGAAUUAAAGAUUUAAAUGAUAUAGGUAAAUUUUCAAAUAAUUUAUUAUUGUUGACUGCUUUAGAAAAAAUAAUGGAAAGAGAUUAUUUUCUAACUCCACAAGAGGCACUCGAAUUAGGUAUUAUUGAUGAGAUUUUAGUUAAACGUAAUAAAGAAUCGAUUAAAAAUACAUAA